AUGCAGCUGAGAGUCUUUGACGAGAAGAAGCGAAAGCAGUAUCGUUUUAAAGAAAAUGAAGGCCUACAGUUUGCUUUUGAUAUCGAAACUGAUAAGGCGGAAGAGGUGGUGCAGCAAAUGAUUGAGCAGCAGCAUAUCCCGGAAGAAGAUACUCGUAUGAUCACAAAGCUCAUUAAGGAUAAGGUUGAAGCGUUCAAGCGAGAUCGAGAAUUUCGGCAGGCUGAGCUAAAGCGUUUACGGGAAGAAGAACAACGAAAACAGGAGGAAGAAGCUAUUCGUAGUGAAAUGUUGCUGAGAGCCAAAGAAAAAGAGCGCGUGGAGCGCGAAGCAGCUGCUGCCGCGGCAGUCGAGCAGCAACAGCAACAUCAACGUGUGGUGACAUCACCGGAGAGCGAUGACCAUCGUGAGGGACAUGUGAAACACAAGAAAUCCAAGAAGAAAGUACUGAUCGAAGUGCUUCGCAUUGCCAGCGACGAGGCAAAUCAGCAGCCGCUGAUCAGCGGAGGGACCACGAUUGGGCCGAUCCUUUCUGAAGUUCAUGCUUUCAAGCGGAAUUUUUGUUACUAUGUGCUGAUUGAUAACUGCGCAGGAGAUGUUUUGCAGCUUGUAAGUUGUCGCUUGGACACAUCGCACAAAACGGUCACAUUCCAGUUUGCGCCGGACUCUGACAAACCUGCAGUUAUCGCAAAAAAACUGCUGGAUCAGGAUUGUCUGACGAGUCCACAGGUGGGAAUCGUUGUCGAUCAGCUAGAGAAAGUUAUCCAGCUAAUCAUUGAUGACCCUUUGAAAGCAGUUGGCGCAAAAAUUAUCAGCUUUAUGGAUUCGUCAUCAGCUAAUGCAGGAUCUGAAAUGACGGUUACACAAUCCAGCGCUGAUAUUGCAACCACUGGAGUCUCACCAAAAGUUUCUGAGGAGACUACCACAUCUCCAGUGACUGCGCGGUCGUUGCAAAGUGUUAAAAAUGCUCAGCCCGGGAUGCAGAGUUGCGCUGUUGAACAAGUGGCUGCAGGUGCUGCUUCUUUGCCACCGCACUCAGAAAUCACCGACUCGUCAGUUACAUUGAGUGCAGCGCAGACGACGUUUAGUACGACGCCGGAUUCCACCGGUGUUUCAACGCAGCCGCCUUCGGAUACAGUUACUUCAUCCUCGACAGCCCCUGAAACACCAACUGCUGCUGCUGGUGGUGGUGGUGUAAAUAAAUCCAAAAUGUCGCGUUUUCUGGUCACGAAAUCAACAUUACCGAUCGACAUCAGCAACUCGUCUACUCUGCCCACGCCAGGUUCAAUCCACCAGGAACACCGAAAACUAAGUGCUGCAAUAAGUCUGUCAGAAGAAUCUGCAGCGACGCCAGUAACCUCUGAGUCGUCCAGAACAAAGCAGACAGAACCGGACGAGGUAACUCAGUAUGCAGGGGUCACGCCGAGUGCUUCAGCAACAACGGCAGUCUCAGGGGUAACAACGGCUGGACGCUUCAAGGUGCAGCCGGUGACACAUCCAUCGAUUCCGACUGCCGACACAGUGAUUUCCCGCAGUGAAGAGGAUACCAUAAGUAGUAAUGCAGUCACUGCCCCCUCUCCCUCAGCGCCGACUUCCUUUUUGGAAAGUGAGGGGCUGAAUACUGCAGCACCUGAGUGCAUAGCGGCUGUGAUGCUUCCCAGUCCAUCGCAAGCCGCAUCUCCAUCAGCACCAGCGAUUGCUCAUAAUGUGCCAAACACUGAGGUGCGGACGACGACACUUCAGAAAUUGGAGAGCGAACUUUGCAAAGUUAGUGGCGUGAAUCCACCAAAUAGCGCAGCCGGAUUGGUGAAUUCUGGAUCUGUUCCUCCACCUGAUCUCCACACAAUUUCAACAGGCCCGUUGCCGUAUACAUCUUUGCCGCAUACGCCAUCCGUGCACAAUAAUUUGACUCACAAUUUGGCAGAUUUGAAUGAUAAACUGGUUGCGCUGAGCCAGAAAAUGCAAGGCGAAGCACUGGAAGAGGUUCGCAGUCCCGGUGAUAAUCAGUCAUUGGUGCUGGCAGCACACGCUCCAUCUGUACAGGGCAGUGCCACUGCUGUGGGAUCUACUACGACAGCACUGCCACCGCAGUCAGUUGUGAAAUCAGGAGUUCGGACGCCUGGGAAAUCAAAUGCCACUCCCGAGGCAGGCGUGCUGCAUGUGGACACGUUGAAUGGUCUUGCUGAUGCAUUACAAAAGGUAAUUCAUGUGGAAGCGCGCGAAACCGGCUCUGUACCACCGCUUGGUGUGGAAGGUAGUGGACAUGUAAUACCUGGUUUUAGUGAACGGCACUCACCAAGCGCAGCAAACAUUUUCCAUACGGCAGUUACAAGCUUACAGGAUGUCAGUUCCGAAGAGGAGAAAAGAACGUUGUCUGCAAGCUGUACAUCAAAGAACAUUCCGGACGAUUCGGUAAUGUCUGUUGAGGAAGAUCAAACGGAUGAUGGAUGUCGCUCGAAGGUAUUGCCGACGGGGACUAAAACCGGUGAAGAAGAAAUUUCAGUGGUUGCCCAGUCAAGUAUCAGUGCUCCUGUGGUGUCUGAUGGAGGGCCAGCAGCUCCAGCUCCUCUGGCGAAAUUCGAAAAUUUAGAAUCAGCGCUGACAACUACGCUGGGUACUCAGGCUCGUUGCACAACUGUGCCGCAUAUCGUUAAUUCAGCAGUACCACAUUACCUUGUUAAUAAUGUUAGUAGUACAGCAGUAAGCCAGAAACAGGGCCUGACACAGGUAUCUUCACUGGGUGCAAUGCAACAGGUCACGUCUGGAAGUUGUGAAGCAGCGACACGAACAUUCACCGGCGAGCUUAUGCCUCCGGGAUCCACUGCUGGUGCUGCGGCUGCUGCUUCUGCAGCUGCUGCUACUGCUGCUGUAUUUCAUGUCGGCACGCCACCACCGCAGUAUAGCGAUUCGGCUAGUCAAACGGAAAUGAUCAGUACGAGAGAUCCGCUGGACUACCUGUUUAGCCCGACGACAUCCUACGGUUCCGACUAUGACCUGCAGGUUUCUUAUUUUUUGUUUUUUAUAACAGUUUGCAGUAACUAA